AUGGGAAAACGCAAAAAUGGGAAAAACGCAAAUAUGGGAAAAACCCAAAUAUGGGAAAAACGCAAAUAUGGGAAAAACGCAAAUAUGGGAAAAACGCAUAUAUGGGAAAAACGCAAAAAUGGGAAAAACGCAAAUAUGGCAAAAACGCAAAUAUGGGAAAAACGCAAAUAUGGGAAAAAUGCAAAUAUGGGAAAAACGCAAAUAUGGGAAAAACGCAAGUAUGGGAAAAACGAAAUAUGGCAAAGACGCAAAUAUGGCAAAGACGCAAAUAUGGCAAAAACGCAAAUAUGGGAAAGACGCAAAUAUGGGAAAGACGCAAAUAUGGGAAAGACCCUAAUAUGGAAAAGACCCUACUAUGGGAAAAACGGAAAUAUGGGAAAAACGCAAAUAUGGGAAAAACGCAAAUAUGGGAAAAACACAAAUAUGGGAAAAAUGCAAAUAUGGGAAAAACGCAAAUAUGGGAAAAACGCAAAUAUGAGAAAAACGCAAACAUGCGAAAAACACAAACAUGCGAAAAACGCAAACAUGGGAAAAACGCAAAUAUGGGAAAAACGCAAAAAUGGCAAAAACGCAAAUAUGGGAAAAGCGCAAAUAUGGGAUAAACGCAAAUAUGGGAAAAACGCAAAUAUGGCAAAAACGGAAAUAUGGCAAAAACGCAAAUAUGGGAAAAACACAAAUAUGGUAAAAACGAAAAUAUGGCAAAAACGAAAAUAUGGCAAAAACGCAAAUAUGGCUAAAACGAAAAUAUGGCAAAAACGCAAAUAUGGAAAAAAGGCAAAAAUGGCAUAA